AUGGAAGAAUCUCCUUUGACCAAGGCGCAUGACCACGCGAGAGCUGCCGCCAGCGCGACCCACCAGACCGAGACCACAGUCGCCAUCAACGAACAUACCCUCGCAGCUGGAGAGUUUGCGAAGGCUGCAGAACACACCACUAGUGUCGAAGCCCUCCGAACACUCGAGCUGCUACAAGAACACCAUCAACGGCUCUCUGAACUCCUGAAGCUCCCCCUCCACCGCCAAGCUCAACCCGCCGAGGGCCACGACAAGCAUGCGAGCGAAACUACUGCCGGUCCAGUCACCGAAGAUGCACCCGCCAAAUCGGAACAGUCAGGCACUUCUGCUGACUCUGCCAAAUACGCAGUCCCACCGUCGCUGACACAGAAGAAGCGGUACCCCGCCGGCAGGCCGACGACGUCGUCUAUCGCGACAAGCCUGGCGUCCGCACGCGGCAUCAGGUCUCGGAACAGAGGCCAUCCGGUGCCUCCUAGUGUCACAAACGACCAAGCACCCGGGAGCCUAGAAGUAUCACCCAGGAAGGACGGACCUCAGUUGACGAUGCAAGAUGUGCUGGAUCAGAAUGGACGCCCGGGAUGGGUGCCCCCCACGGCUGGCUCUCCUCGAACGGAUACGCACUGGAAAAAAGAGCAGGAGGCACCACUGCGGAAAUCGUCCGAAGAGCAGACCGGGGCAAGUGAAGAUGGCUACUCGCGCUUCUAUAACACGUUUGGCACCUUGAUCAACCGUCUCUCCGCACCCCUGGCCUUCGCUGGGCUGCCUCUCAUCGCAGAAGAGUCGUCGACAGCAACGAGCCAGGAGCAGCUAUCCGAUCCGCCCACAGCCACGGCAAAAGCUACCUCAUCGGCCUCCUCCUCCUCCUUCUCCUCCUCACGGAGAAACAAGCACAAAGCCCCUCCUUCCAUCGCCGAGCCCGACCUUUCCAAGAUUUACUCCCGCGCAACGAUGCGUGCCAUCUCAGCUAAUGGUGGAAACCCCAACGAAUCCUUCUACGUCGUACCUACCAGCGGCCACACGAUGUCCUACGCCAACAUCCUCAGCUACGCCGAUAAGGAGAAGCGCCGUCUCGAGGCGUCCCUCCACAGCGGCGGCGACUUGAGUCUCAUCGAUGAGGACGAGGACGACUUUGUCGAUGCGCGCGAGUCGCCUUCGGGACCUCCCUCGCCCACACUAAGAAGACGGACGGGCGGCGGCCGGUCACGGCCUGCGGCAUCCGGCACGCCGCCGUCGAAAACGGUCGAGGAGCUGGCACUGGAAAACAAGAGCCUCAAAGACAUGCUUGACAAGCUGAGUCGGCGACUGCACGCUUUUGAAGCCAGUGCGCAGAAUUCGAGCCUCGCGCUUGCCGAGAGUAUGCGCUUCAUGCGGCCAGGGUCGCCUCUUCAGUCCCAUGGCGGCUCCGCUGCCGCCGCCGGUGGGGAUGACGCAGCAGCGUUGCGGUUGAAGAACAAGGAGCUGGAGAGGCAGGUGGAGUCGGCAAUACAGCGGAUGGAGGAGCUGGAGAGGGAGCACCAGAAGAUGGAGCGGACGAUAUUUAAGUACCGCGAGAAAUGGGAGCAACUCAAGGCUGGGGCCAAGGCGAGAAGGGUGGCUCAAAGCGGGACUGCAAGCGUGGAUAAUGCAGCGAAUGCGGCGAGGGGAGAAGAGAAGGAGUCGGGCGAGUCGUAG